AUGCAAGAGGCACAUGCCUGUCCUACUCCCAUGGCAGCAGGUACCAAAUUAUUUGCAGCAGAUAGUGAGUUAUUUAAAGACCCCAGCCUCUAUAGAAGCACUAUUGGAGCUCUACAAUAUGUCACCUUAACCAGGCCUGAUAUCAGUGUUACAGCAUGUAAGAGAGUCCUAAGGUAUCUUAAAGGUACUCAAUUCCAUGGUCUGCUGUUUAGACCAACAGCCUCUCUUAAUGUUGAAUGCUAUACAGAUGUAGAUUGGGGAGGUAAUUUAGAUGAUCGACGGUCCACUAGUGGAUAUUGUGUGUAUCUAGGUCCUAAUUUGGUUCAAUGGAGUUCUCGUAAGCAAAAAGUGGUGGCAUUAUCCUCUACGGAGGUUGAAUACAGAGCACUAGCCCAAACAACAACUGAAUUGGCCUUGUUGGACAGUUUAUUUUCUGAAAUAGGGGUGUUUUUAAACACUUGUCCUAUCAUUUGGUGUGACAAUGUGAGUGCUGGAGCUUUGGCAUCAAAUCCAGUUUUUCAUGCAAGAACAAAACAUAUUGAGAUUGAUACUCACUAUAUAUGUGACCAAGUUCUUGCAAAAAAGAUUAUUGUGCAAUAUGUUCCAACCAAGCUUCAAAUUGCUGAUAUUUUGACAAAAGCACUUUCCAUGUAUAACAUUCUGCUAACAUUGAAUGUAGAAGCAUCAGAAAAUCUGUUGUGUGUUAAACUCCCAUUGUGUUGGUGUUUUGUGAUGCUGUUAGUGAAUGUUGUUUGCAGUAUUGAAUUGAUGUUUGCGAUUGUUCUAUUGGGCAGUGAUGGCAUUGAACGCCCGUUCCUUUGCAAACCCAAGGAUGAUCUUAGGAAAGAUGCUCGUAUGAUGGAGUUCACUGCAAUGAUAAACCGUUUGUUAGCAAAAUAUCCUGAAAGUCGUCGAAGGAAGCUUUAUAUUCGUACCUUUGCAGUAAUUCCUCUAACCGAGGAUUGUGGUAUGGUGGAAUGGGUACCUCAUACUCGUGGACUCCGGCAUAUACUUCAGGACAUUUAUAUAUCCUGUGGCAAAUUUGAUAGGCAGAAAACAAAUCCCCAAAUUAAACGGAUUUAUGAUCAAUGCCAAGGUAAAAUGCCAGAAGAUGAGAUGUUGAAGACAAAGAUCCUUCCUAUGUUUCCCCCAGUAUUUCACAAAUGGUUCUUGACCACUUUUUCUGAGCCUGCUGCUUGGUUUCGGGCCCGAGUUGCCUAUGCACACACUACGGCUGUUUGGUCCAUGGUUGGACAUAUUGUAGGGCUGGGUGAUCGACAUGGGGAAAACAUUCUCUUUGACUCUACCACUGGUGACUGUGUUCAUGUUGAUUUCAGUUGCCUGUUUGAUAAAGGUUUGCAGUUGGAGAAGCCUGAGCUGGUGCCUUUUAGGUUGACCCAGAACAUGAUUGACGGCUUGGGGAUCACUGGUUAUGAGGGUAUCUUCCUGAAGGCUUGUGAAAUCACACUUCAAGUGCUGAGAACUCACAGGGAGACUUUGAUGAGUGUUCUUGAAACGUUCAUUCAUGAUCCUCUCGUUGAGUGGACUAAAUCCCACAAAUCCAGUGGGGUAGAAGUUCAGAACCCACAUGCACAGCGAGCCAUCAGUAAUAUUCAGGCAAGGUUGCAAGGGGUCGAGGUUGGGGUUGGGGCAGCACCAUCUUUACCUUUAGGUGUAGAAGGUCAGGCUCGUCGCUUAAUUGCUGAAGCAGUCUCGCACAGAAAUCUUGGCAAGAUGUAUAUAUGGUGGAUGCCAUGGUUUUGAGAGCUGCUGAGAUUUGUUGGGUACGGUAUUCUCAAUUCUGGCUCAUUGUUCAUUCUUCAACUCUUGUUGUUUCUGGUGUACAAAUUUUUGAUAGAGCUGGAACCCUAGAAAUGUAAAGAAAACGAGUUCUUUACCUACGUGUAAAGCAUUAUCAAAUAUAUAAA